AAACGAGUUCUAUGGAGUUUCUGAGGGGAAGGAGAAAGAGGAAGAUGGCGAAGGUGUUCUUUCUGACCUUCAUUCUCUUUCUCUUCAUUUCUCAGUCCGUCGGAGCGCUACCCGGAAAUUAUUCAGAUUUUCCGCCCCCAUCACGGGCCGUCUCUCUCUGCGCCCAACUUCUCGAGCCCAACGGCUACCCUUGCACCGAACACACUGUCCAAACGAAAGACGGCUUCUUACUAGGCCUUCAACGUGUAUCAUCGCGUUCUGGGAAUCUCAAACUUGGUCAGAGCCAUCCUGUCUUGCUUCAACAUGGAUUAUUCAUGUCAGGUGAUGCGUGGUUCUUAGAUUCCGUGGAGCAAUCGUUGGGCUUCAUCUUGGCAGACGAGGGCUUUGAUGUAUGGGUCAGCAAUGUGCGUGGCACACGUUGGAGUCAUGGACAUACAUCUUUAUCUGAGAAAGAUAAGGACUAUUGGGAUUGGAGUUGGCAGGAAUUGGCUCUAUAUGAUCUUGCAGAAAUGAUUCAUUACAUAAAUUCAAUAACAAAGUCCAAAGUUUUUAUUGUUGGACAUUCACAGGGUACAAUUAUGUCUUUGGCUGCUCUCACUCAACCAGAAGUAGCAGAAAUGGUUGAAGCUGCUGCUCUUUUGUGUCCAAUAUCAUACUUGGAACAUGUCAGUGCUCCACUUGUACUAAGAAUGGUUGCAAUGCAUCUUGAUCAGAUGGUUGUUGCUAUGGGCAUACACCAACUGAACUUUAGAAGUGAUGCAUUGGUUAACCUUGUGGAUUCUAUAUGUGAUGGCCAUGCAGAUUGCAAUGAUUUUCUAACUUCUAUAACAGGGAAGAAUUGCUGCUUUAACAAGUCACGCAUAGAUUUCUACCUUGAAUAUGAGCCUCACCCAUCAUCAGCAAAAAACUUGCGCCACCUUUUCCAGAUGAUCCGCAAGGGUACUUUCUCCCAUUAUGAUUAUGGAAUGUUCAAAAACUUGAUGGUGUAUGGUCAGACAAAACCCCCAACAUUUAACCUUAGCCGCAUACCCAGCUCAUUACCUUUAUGGAUGGGUUAUGGAGGCAGUGAUGCUUUAGCAGAUCCAACGGAUGUACAGCACACUCUCGAUGAAUUACAGUCCAAGCCAGAGUUGCUUUAUCUGGAGAACUAUGGCCACAUAGACUUUGUUGCAAGCACAAAAGCAAAGGAAGAUGUCUUUGAUCACAUGAUCAGGUUUUUCAGGUCACGGGAAAAGUCAAGUAGUUUAUAAUAUGGUGUCCUUAGAUGUACCUUUUUAGUUAUUUGUGUAUAUAAUGUAAUCAUCACACUUUAUAAGUGAACAAACAAGAAAAGCACUGGAAAGAGAUUGUAACUUGUUUGAUUCAUGUGCAGGUGUUUGAUCCCGAGGGGAUAACCGCAUGAAAAAUGCUUUGAAGUGUCUUAUUUAAUUUGCUGCUUUUUUUUUUAUUCCUUUUUUUGUUAACAAUUUUUGUGUGCGUCAGUUUUUGAUCUUAAUUGCAAAUCAAUAGACCAGAUGUGAACUU